CAUUGAAAAAAUCGCAUUUUAUGCGAUCCCCUUUGUAUUUGUGUACUAGAGUGAGACCUCCAAAAGAGAUAAAUACUUAGGGAACGAUCAACCCAUUUGUCUUUUGCAACCUGAGUUCUGAGCUGAGAGACAGAAGACAACAAACAACGUGUCAAGAUGGGUCUUAAGUGGAUCGCCAUCCUUCUCCUCGUUGCAGCAGCAUAUGCUGAAGAAAAUGAAUAUGACGAAGUUAUGGGUGAAGAAAGCGAUUCUGAUUUCCCGGAGGAAAUUGAAAACAAUGAAGACGAAGAACUUGACAGUGAAAACAAUGAAGAUGAAGAGCUUGAAGACAAGGACGAGGAUCCAGUAAAGGACCUCGACAUGGAGGCGGAUCAAUACGGAGUAUGUAAAAACAAGAGUAAGUACGCAGUUUUGUCGACGAAGUGCGCCUUUUGCUACUGCAAGUUGGCGAAAAAGGGAAAGGGUAGCAAAGAAAACGAAGCAGAAAUGACGAAAUUGGACCUUGAUGAGUCUCUUGAUGAAGCCUUGGAAAACACUCCCCCUAUCAAACCCAUGUCGACACAUCAUUUUAUAAAGAAACUGGUUACGCCUUUCUUCGGAGACGUCGACCUGAAGCUCAAAUGUCACUGCACAAAGAAACUUGAAGUUGUACACCUUUUGAAAUUCAUUCAUGUAAGUAGUGCAGCAGGGUACAUCCAAAAGAAAGUAUACCACUCAACCUUCAUGUAUUUGGUGAAAAAUGUCCAGAAUCUGCAUAAGAAGCCAUAAGCCAGCGUCAUCCAGACAGAGGAAGAUCUGCUUUCAGAUGUAGAGCUGCCCAGAGGAAGAGCUGCUUUCAAUAGUUAUUUCAAUAGAAUUUAACAAUGUUGACAAGAACUCAAAUAACAUGUGCCCUUGACAUUUUUGUAAUGUUUAUUGGCGGUUUUAAUUUUUUUUAACAUUUUUGCUGAAGAAUAGAAAGUCGAUAA